AUGGUUAAAGUAGUUUUAAAAUGGGGUACGAAAAAUAUAGAAGCUGAGUUAGAUUAGAGUCUUCCAGUGAUUAAAUUUUAGGAAAUCGUUUACUCAUUAACUAGAGUUCCUAUUGCAAGUUAAAAAAUUAUUUUUAAAGGAACCCUCUUCAAGCCUGAAACUGAUCUCUCUAAACUUAAAUUGUAAGAAGGUAGUGUUAUUACAUUGAUGGGAGCAGCUGAAGAAAAUGAAAUUAAAGAAAUCAAAGAAGAGAAAAAGUUCUAUGAAGAAAUGACUCCAGAAGAGCGCGCUUUAAUUUACAAAGAAAAAACAGGAGAAAUUUUACCUGCUGGUCUUGCAAAUAUGGGAAAUACUUGCUACAUGAAUAGUUCAAUCUAGUGCCUAAAGAGAAUUAACGAAUUAAAGAACUUCUUAUAAAAUAGAUAGAUACCUGCAGGUUAAGGAGCUUAAGGUUUAGUAGGUAUAGCUCUUUAAAGAUUGUUUAGAGACUUAGAUAAGAAAGGUGAAGCAGUUAAACCAAUACACUUUAUCUAAAGUUUUAUGACUGCAUUCCCAUAAUUCGCUGAAAAAGAAUAAGGUUCCAUAGCUUUUAAGCAAUAAGAUGCUGAUGAAUGCUUUUAAAAUGUUAUUUAAUGUAUUGAACCUUAAACAAACUAUGAAGACGAACUUGGUAACAAAACCAAUUUGAUAAAGGAUAUUUUUGAAAUAGAAUUUGAAGUCAAAUAAACAAAUAAUGACAAUAUUUAAGAGGUAUCAGUAAAGAGUGAGCGUUCUAAAAAACUUAUGUGCACAAUCGAUAACUAAUCAAAUCCAGUUAACUAACUCACUGAGGGUAUAGAAGUUAGUCUUUAAGGUACAGUAUAAAAGAAUGGACAAGAUGGAUUGCUUCACGAUUUUACCGAAACUAGAAGAAUUAAGAAAUUACCAAGCUACUUAGCUAUUUAAAUGAUGAGAUUCUUCUGGAAAUAAAAGUCUGAAAGCUCACGUACUGAAGCCACUAAAUCUAAAAUCCUUCGUAGUGUAGCCUUCCCAAAAAUAUUAGAUGUAACACCUUACUGUACUUAAGAUUUACAAGCAGCUAUCGAAAAAGGAAAAGAUUAUGAAAAAAGAUAGUAAGAAUAAGCAAAUAAAAACACAGAAGAGAAAUUUGCUGAAUAUAAAAGAAAGCUUGAGUCUGAAGGAAAAAUGAUACCAGAAGAUACUAAAGCUCUUUAUAAACAAUUUAAAGAAGUAUAAAAAGAAGAAGAUAUCAAAUAGCAUGAUGAAAAUCUCUAUAGACCUCAUGGUUAGGGUUUAGAUAAUGGUACUUAUGAAUUAGUUGCAGUAUUAACUCACUAAGGAAGAAGCGCUGACUCAGGCCAUUAUGUUGGAUGGGCUCAUAAAUCAGGAGAUGUUUGGUAAAGAUUUGAUGAUGAUGUAGUAACUGAGGUUUCUAUUGAUGAAAUUCUUGAUCUUAGAGGAGGUGGUGAUAGACAUAUGGCCUAUUAUUUAAUUUAUCGUAAACUAGAAAUUCUUUGA